GCAAAUAAAAAAUUCUUCAAGUCCCUUCUACCAUAGUUAAGAGUUAAGCUUUAAAAUAGUCAGAUUUUGCAGCAAUGGACUUGCUGGCAUCUUUGUAUGCUGACAAGCCAGUGGUGAUCUUCAGCAAGAGCACUUGCUGCAUUUGCCAUUCUGUGAAGGCUCUCAUACGCAGCUUCGGUGCCAACCGUACCGAUAUAGAGGUUGACAAAAUGGCAAAUGGGGAGCAAAUAGAAAGGGCACUGAUUCAGCUGGGUUGUCGCCCAACUGUACCAGCAGUGUUCAUUGGACAACGAUUUAUAGGUGGUGCUGACGAACUCAUAAGGCUCAACGUCCAGAACCAGCUUGCCCAGUUGCUUUUAAGUGCUGGAGCUAUAUUUCUUUGGAGGCCCUAGUCUUCUUAAACCUAAUAAUGUUUCUAUUUAGUUCCUAGCCUAGCUAUCAAAACUAUACAUCAGCUUUAGUGACAGAGCUUCUUCUAGUCUGUUCCUACUCUUAAUUCUUCGCUUCUUAUUGUAGUGCGCAAUUUCAUUCUCAA